UCAAAAUGGCGGACGUACUAGGAUUUUUCCGCAGUUAUAGCGAACAAGAAAUAAUCUUUUUUCUCUGCACACUCUUAAAUUUCUUUGGUCUUUUAUCCGCCUUGUUGUUACAGUUCAUGUAUGCCGAGUACGGACGGUAUUUUAGCUCUAAUUCUACAACCAAGUGGGGGUUUGGAAUACACCCAAGGAUUGCCUGGUUUUCUCAGGAACUGCCUAUGUUCACUUUACCUUUGAUAUUCCUACUUUACGCCAAGGACGGAAAUCUUGGAUUGACGCCAAAUACUGUUCUGAUAUGUAUGCUUGUCUCACAUUAUUUUCGAAGGGUCUUCAUAUACUCGUUUCAGCUCAAGGGCGGCAAGCCAACACCAUUCCUCAUAUGGUUUUUUGCACUAACAUACACCCUAAUAAAUGGUUACGUCCAAGGUCGGCAUUUGGCAAUGUUUGCAGAGUACAAUCAAUCUUGGUUUACUGAUCCUAGAUUCAUAGUUGGUGUUUUAUUGUUUUUCACUGGAAUGAUGUUGAACAUUCAGGCAGAUAACAUUCUUACGAAUCUAAGAAAACCAGGUGAAACUGGUUAUAAGAUUCCAAGAGGUGGCUUAUUUGAGUAUGUUUCUGGAGCAAACUUCUUCUCAGAAAUUCUAGAAUGGAGUGGAUUUGCUGUAGCUUGUUGGAGUUAUCCUGCGUUUACUUAUGCAUUUUUUACUCUCUGCAAUAUUGGGCCAAGGGCAUGCCAGCAUCACAGGUUUUACCUGGAGAAAUUUGAAGACUAUCCUAAGACACGUAAAGCCUUGAUACCAUUUUUAUUAUGAGAACUCUGUUAACACUAUGAUGAGAAGCAAGGUCAUGAACUUAAUUUUUAAAAAAAGAUUUAAAAAAAAUAGCAUUAAAUAGAGCAAAUUUAUUUCUGUUCAUAUAUGUCAAUUAGGAUUUUGUAAUGAAUGUCACUGAUAUUUAGUUCCAUCACUUGGAUGGUUGUCAGAGACAAAGUGAGAAGUGGUGUAAAAUGCCAUGGGUAGCCAUGGUGGAGCACAUUGCACAGUAACCUUCUCCCCUAUUUUGCCUAAGUUCACACAGGAACUCUAUGUUAGUGUAUUUGCAAAGAAUUUACCAAUAAAUCUACUUGCAAAGA